UUGCUGGCGGUGGAUGAUAGCGACAGCGAGCUGUCAGACGACCCAGCGCCAUACUGGGAUCGAAAACUGAUAAACUGUCCACAGCGACCAGAAGAAAAGUUUGAACCGCACGAUACCGAUCCCACCAAAAUUAAAGCCGUCUUCCACUUCAAAUUGUCCAACGGCAGCGGUUGGUAUACGCAAAGGGAUGAGCUACCGGAACAGCGCGAUUCGGCAGAAGAAGACAAAUUCGGCGAAAACGACAGCCUUUUCUUUCCCGAUCUUGGACCCAACAAGGUUCCUGAGAGGCCAAGGUUAAGGAAAGGUCUAGUGCAUUCUCCUUGGGUACAAGUGUCGCCAUGGCGCUGGGAACAACAAUCCGUGACGGGCGACACGGAGGUUUGGAGUCCAAAAUUUGUAUACCGUCGGUUCAACGCACGAACGCACGAGUACGAGAAAAUAUACGUUGCUGAGAACAAAAUGGAGAAUGCAGAUCCAAACGACAAGAGGUGGGUGUACGCGUACAACAAGUGGAUUGACCAAAUCAGGCGGCGUUCAGACAGCAGCUGGGUUGCGGAGAAGCGGCGAGACCACUGGAAAGUAACUGAAAUCUGCGCCAUGUACGCCGGCUUCAACGAAUUCAUACACACCAAUGGUAUCGAUGCGUAUCAUGGGAUUUCAGUGGCUAGUCUUGAGCGAAUCCUCGAUAGGGUAAACACAGCUGGACAGAAUAAUCGCGGAAUUGAUAGUCUGCGCGGCCAGGUGAAUUCUGCGCAUGCGGGCAAGAAUCCCAGUCUAGCGUAUCUUCGGGAUAACGUGCGGGAUUUGGUUGAGUACUUGCAGCAUGGAGGAGUGCUUUCGGAUGAUGAGCGAUUUCCUGAGAAGUUCAUUCCUGAAGCGGAGUUUCCU